GGUGGUGUGCACCUCUGAGAACCACGUUUACCCAAUUUCAAAUUAGUUCAAAAUCUUGUUUCGCGCGUUAGGAGGCGUGCGUCAGCUGCUGUCCUUUACCUUGUUAUUUCAAAGUCAACAACUCGCUCGUCCCUCUGUGAGCGCUGUGCCACACAAGACCCGAUUUUUUUUUUCCGAAAGAAGCUAGAAUGAACGGCUUGUUUUGGGGACUUUUUAAUCACUUGAAGUCUGACAGAGAUGGUUUCCAGCACUGGAAUGACAACAUAGAACUGCCGGACACGGUCAGAGAGAUGAUCCAGCACACGGCAGCUGGGUCCUCCUUGCCGGCCCCCGAAGUUCCGAACCCGGAGUCUGAUGGUCAGUGUGGGGCGAUAAUGCCGGAGCGCAUUAACGCAGGCAGCCAACGUGGCGCCAUUUGGGCAGAAUUCUCGCUGUUUGGGUCUGCGUCUCGUCCACCACCUGAUGGGUCGGGGUACUCCACUGACAGCUAUCGUGCUGGUUUUCCAGACGCUAUCGAUCCAAGGGUAGUUCAAAGACCGAUGGGCUCCCGGGGACCAAAAGACCGAAAUAAAUCCUCUUAUUUGAAAACCCAGACUUCACCAUUGUCACCUGCGUUGCCUGCGCGCAUGUCUUGCAGUUUCUGCCGGCACAACGGCGAGUCCGAGUUGGUGUGCACAUCCCACUGGCUGAAGAACCAGGUCGGAGAUGUUAUGUGUCCCUACCUGCAGCAGUACGUGUGUACCCUGUGCGGAGCCACUGGGGCCAAAGCCCACACCAAGCGCUUCUGCCCGAAGGUGGACAGAGCGUACGACUCCGUGUACAAGAAGUGCAGACGCUGAACUAACAGCUAUUCUAUUUGUCAGUCGAGCCUUCUCUAAAAGCGUCUGUUUGGUGUGUUGGUUUUGUGAAGUAUUUCAAGAACGUCCUCAAUAUAUUAAGCUUGUAAGAAGAGAAAAAAUACAUAAUGUAAAAUGUAUGUUUAUUUUACAUAUUUUAAAACAUGUUCAGCUUCAUAUCCCCUGUUCUUGGAUUGAAGCAACAUCAUGUUUCCAUGUCAACAUUUUAACAUUUUAAAGAAAUUAGUGACUUGUUCUUUUGAGGUGUACAGUAAGUAUCUGUUCCCUAGCUGUGUUUUAUUUUUAUUUUUGAAUGAUUUACCUGUGGCUCUUCAGCUCAGUGUUAAAAAUUGUGUGAAUAUUAAUGUAUGCCAGAAAA